UUUCACUGUACUGACCUCUGACAGCCGCUCAUGGAUGCGCUCCCUCCUUUCACAAACACGGAAGCAGCAUGGCGUCCAACAGCAGCGGCGGCAGCUCUGACAGGCAACGGAUUGCACAGCAAAGACUGAGGAUAAUUGCCGGGCAUUUACAGAGACCGGUGGACGGUGACUCGGCCAUACUUGCCGCGGAGUGCAAAGCCCAGGGGAGCAAGCCAGAUACCUCCAGAGAGGAGAAGACGGUGCCGAGGAGGAGGCAGGAGAUUAUGAAAUGGAAUGGCUGGGGAUACAGCGACUCAAGAUUCCUCUUCAAUAAGAAAGGUCAAGCAGAAUUUACUGGCAAAAGGUAUAGACUAAGUGGUAUGAUCAUUCCUGGUCUGAAAGAUUGGUUUGAAUGCACGUUUGGAGCCAGUCUGCAGCAUAAAACCCCAGCAACACCCCUUCUGAAUAGCAGUGCUGUACAGCCUCCCACUCUUAACGAGGCCUUCGUUGAGGAACUGAAAUCCACAGGUAUUCCCUUCUCUCAAGAUGCAGAGGACCGGGUAUUUCGCGCCCAUGGCCAUUGCUUACACGAGAUCUUUGCCCUCAGAGAAGGCAAAUUUGGGCGUGUUCCAGAUAUGGUUGUAUGGCCAAACUGCCACAAUGAUGUAGUGAAAAUUGUGGAACUGGCAAGCAAACAUAAUGUUUGUUUGAUACCAUAUGGAGGAGGAACCAGUGUCUCUAGUGCUCUAGAGUGCCCCCCAGAGGAAACUCGCUCCAUUGUGUCUCUGGAUACCUCUCAGAUGAACCGCAUUCUGUGGGUUGACGAGAAAAAUUUAACUGCCCACGUGGAAGCUGGCAUCGUUGGUCAGGAUCUGGAGAGAUUGCUUAAUGAGAGUGGUUACUGUACAGGGCAUGAGCCUGACUCAAUGGAGUUCAGCUCCCUGGGAGGCUGGGUAGCAACCAGAGCAUCAGGCAUGAAGAAGAACAUCUACGGCAACAUUGAGGACCUGGUCGUCCACAUAAAGAUGGUGACCCCUCAAGGUGUCAUUGAAAAGAGUUGCCAGGGUCCACGCAUGUCCACAGGGCCGGACAUUCACCACUUCAUCAUGGGCUCAGAAGGAACCCUGGGUGUGGUUACUGAGGUAACGAUGAAGAUCCGUCCCAUGCCAGAGUAUCAGAAAUAUGGCUCUGUUGUUUUCCCUAAUUUUGAGCAAGGAGUUGCCUGCCUUCGAGAGGUUGCCAGACAGAGGUGUGCUCCGGCAUCUAUACGACUCAUGGAUAAUGAACAAUUUAAGUUUGGUCAUGCCCUGAAGCCUCAAGUGUCUUCAAUUUUCACAUCCUUUUUGGACGGGUUGAAGAAAUUUUACAUCACCAAGUUCAAAGGGUUCGACCCCAACCGCUUGUGUGUGGCCACCCUGCUGUUCGAGGGAGAUCGUGAGAAAGUCCUGCAGCAUGAGAAGCAAGUUUAUGACAUUGCUGCAAAAUUUGGGGGCCUGGCAGCUGGAGAGGACAAUGGGCAGAGGGGCUACAUGUUGACCUUCGUCAUCGCUUACCUCCGGGACUUGGGGAUGGACUACUAUGUGAUUGGGGAGUCCUUUGAAACCUCUGUGCCUUGGGACAGGGUGUUGGACAUUUGCCGGAAUGUGAAGGCACGCAUUGUUCGAGAGUGUAAAGAGAGGGGAGUGCAGUUUCCACCUUUAUCUACAUGCAGGGUGACUCAGACAUACGACGCUGGUGCCUGUGUCUACUUUUACUUUGCCUUCAACUACAGGGGACUCAGUGAUCCAGUGCAUGUGUAUGAACAAGUGGAGCAUGCAGCUAGAGAAGAAAUCCUUGCCAAUGGAGGAAGCUUGUCACAUCACCACGGAGUGGGGAAACUUCGGAAGGAGUGGAUGAGAGAGACCGUCUCUAAUGUCGGUAUGGGGAUGCUCAAGUCUGUCAAGGACUACGUGGACCCCAAUAACAUCUUCGGAAACAGGAACCUCCUCUAAUUUUCCCCACUCCUGUCCAUCUUUGUCUCACCUUUUUCUAAAAGCGUCUUGUGCGUUUUGGAUUAAUAGAUACUAAAUGUGAAUUUAAAACGGACAGAGAUCUUUUCCAUCAAAAGUGUCAUUUGGUGCCAUGUAUUGAUUCACCCAAACCUUUUUCUUUUACAUUAUAUUGCACUUAAUAUGCUGUAACAAUCAUUGUCAUUCAUGUUGAAGCUCAUUUGUUGUGUCAUGGCCUCAGCUUGUUGGAGCGAAGUGGAGCCAUGAUGCAUUCUGGCAUGAUGCAACAAAAUCUUGAUUUUUGUCACAUUUGCUUAUGUUUAACUAUUUCCUAAAUAUCCUUGCCAACAUAGUUAACCCUUAAAUUACUUUUGAUUUUCCUCUUUUUGUGUGUUUGUGUGUGAGUGUGUGUAUGUGUGUGUUUGGCACUUCUUUAGUGGUAAGUUCUUGAAGAAUGCGCUUUCUAAAGCUCUGUGCCUUUCUAAAGUCUGCCUUCCCCUUCUCCUACCGCACACACUGCUAGUGUACAAUGAGUCCCUUUGUGAAGCUAAACAGACUUGGACAUGAUGUUUUUAGUGUCUCCUGUUUGUCUUUUUCAUGCCCUCAUGCCUUUUGUUGUACUGAGCUAUUGCCAUAAGAGACUUUCUCGACUGUAUGUGUGCGUGUACCUCUGCUGAUUAACUUAUUUGACUAAACACCCCUCGCCUUCAGCCCCUCUAAAAUGUAGUACAAUAUGAUUACAAUGAGUGAUACUCCUUGUGUGUUUAGUUUUUGUACUGAAAUUGUUUUCCUUGCAUGGUUUGUUACUGAGAAAGUGACGUUGGAGUGGGGAAAAAAAGCCAUUGCGUCUUUCAAUAAUGCCUGCUUCAGUGUAACAGCAUUUGCAGUCGUAGGCCUCUGGAUCCUGGUGCUCAUGUUGUACCAAAGACUCGACACAUCAGAUCAUGCAAACAUACUGUAAACAUUUGUUUAAUUAUGUUUAACCACCAUCAUCACACAGUUAUUAACAUCAUGCACAGCUGAAUUAGAUUUUUUUAAACCGCAUAUGCAAAGAUAACUGAGAACUGUAAAAUGUUUAUAUUUGUUAAUGAUGCACAUGCUUUACCUUUUUAUUUAACUCACUUACGUCACGUUUCAUAUGUUAAAGACGCUGAAUUGAAUUAUUUCUGCUCUAUAUAAUUGCUGUUGCCCAGAAAUUCCCCAGCUCCUGAGGUAGUUGACCUUGAUAGUGUAUCUGUAUUGUAUAAAAAGUUUUUGGAACUAUUACUGUAAUGCACUGCAAUUUGAUACCAGACAUACCAUUUACCCGUUCAUUUUGAGAUAGCUUUAGCCUUAAGAGAGCUUAGAUUUUUCUGGAUCACCAUGUCCUUUUAGUUCUUAAUAUCCCCUUCUUCCAAAUAAAAAGACUUGUUUGGGACCCUCUGCCUGACAUUGAAUCCCCGUGUCAAAAACGUGCGAGAGCUUUUGAAUGUUAUGUACCUUUUUCUUGUUAUUUUCCAUUUCUCUUAACAAUGUAGUAACAUCAGAGUACAUUUUGUCAAAGCUGUUUGUGCAAUACAUUGAACUAAAACAUC